AUGUCGGGAGGUAUGUUAAUUCUUUGGAAGUUAGGUGGUGUGGAGGUUCUUUUGAGUUUCAAAGGUGAAGGCUUUUUAGGCAUAAAAGUGGAGUGGAAGGGGGAUAUUUAUUAUAUUCUUAAUGUUUACUCUUCUUGUGUUUUGGCAAAGAAGAAAGUAAUGUGGGACAAUAUUUUGUUGUUGAAGAAUUCUUUUUGUGAUGGGGAGUGGAUAAUUGGGGGGGAUUUUAAUUCUAUUAAGAAUCCCUCGGAGAGGAAAGGUAGGAGGGAUGGGGGUCUUUCUAACGAAGUCGAGUUGUUUGGUAAGUUCAUUGAGGACUUAGACUUGGUAGACAUACCUUGCAAAGGAAAGAAGUACUCUUGGUAUAGUGGUUGUGGGAGAGCUAUGAGUAGGAUCGAUCGCUUUUUGGUGUCCGAGGCGGUGGUGGAUAGAUGGUGCUUGGUUGGUCAAUUUAUUGGGAAUAGAGAUAUUUCGGACCAUUGCCCGGUUUGGUUGGUUAAGGACAAUUCUAAUUGGGGUCCUAAACCUUUCAAAUUUAAUAAUGAUUGGUUCUCUUUUCCGGAAUUUCUUCCUUUUGUUGAAUCGGAAUGGAAAGAGAUGACGGUGGUAGGUAGACCCGAUUUUGUGCUUUAUGAAAAAAUGAAAAGGUUGAAAGAGAGACUUAGAUGGUGGAAUACUUCAAUUUUUGGUAAGGUCGACUUAGAUUUAGAGGAAAGCUUGAAGGAGAUGAACAAGGGCGACUCUAUUUUGGAAGAUGUGGCGGAGGAGGAUUUUCUUGUUUCAUUGCAAGAUAGAGGAGAGGCGAAUAAAAGGAUUGUGGAAGGAGAGAAUCGUUCUGCUAAAGCCGGAGACUUACAUAGCGAGAACUCACAGUUAGUUGUGUGA